AUGUCAGAAGUAUCGGAGGCCGAGAAGCGCAGAAUCCUACGCGAGAAGCGCAAGCAGAAGUUCUCGAAAGGUGCCGGGUCUGCAAGGCUACAUAAAAUCACGACGCAACAGCCGGGGGGCGCGUCCGGUGACUCUACCGUCACUUCAGCAGAGAUAUCUGACAAUGAGGGCAGCUUGCAACGCGGGUCUAAUAGUGGGCAGUCAACUAGAGAGAUAGACGACUUACUGGCAGCGAUGGACCCGCCUAUAGAGCCGGCGGAGCCGCUGGAGUCGGCGGCUCCGGAAGUAGCGUUUAUCCAACAACUCAUGAAGAUGCAGCAGGGGAGCGCUACGCCCCCUGCUGACGAGAAGGCCGGUGGUCUUUUUUCCCCGCUGCUGGAACGGCUGGCGGAGCAGGAGGCCGGCGGCGCGCCAGUGGUAUCGGGGGAAGUGGGGGUACAUCAGUUUCAGGUCCGCCAACUCAAAGCGUACAUGCUGCUGCUGCGGUGGGCAAUUCUGCUGCCGUUCAUAUACUACGUGAUGCACCCGGGCACCGCGCAUUGGCUGCAUACGUCUCGGUUUCUGCACUUUGUCAUGGAGCCGCGCAACUUCUUCAUGGUGUUUACGACCUUCGAGGUGGCCAGUAUUAGCAUCUAUUACCAAGUGCUGCUUACGCUAGAAAGGACAAACAAGGUAAACUCCCUCUCGUACUCGAGCAAACUUGUUACUUGGGCCGGCCUCGUCCCGGAUGGCAUGCUACCUAUCGACAACUUACAGGGGAAAGUUGUGGUUGCAUUGCAUUAUUGGGAUAUCCUAUCUAUGUACUUGACGGACCUGUCACUCUGUCUAGUUGCUGCCGGGCUGAUGAAAUACUACCACGCCGCUCCGUAA